AUGAUGUUUGCACUGCACGUAGCUGAAAUCGUGCAAUGUGAGCAGCCACAGUGGCUGGGGCACCCCCCCGUGUCACGGCACCCUCAGCCGGCUCUUCCCGGGGAUUCCCUGGGCGAGACUCCCACAGCAGGACCGGUGGACAGGCCUUCCGAAGGCCAGGGAGGGCUUUAUCCGUCUCUCGGAUUUGGAUCUGCUCGGGAGCGGGGCGGGAUCCGGGCCUUCCAGCUGGGCUCGCCCUGGAGGAGGACGGACGCGUCGGAGAGGGGGAAGCUGCUCAACCGCCUCGCCGACCUCAUCGAGCGGGACCGCGCGUACCUGGCCGCGCUGGAAACUCUGGAUAACGGCAAACCCUACUCUGUUGCCUACUUGGUGGAUGUGAACAUGGUGGUGAAAUGUCUCAGAUAUUUUGCAGGCUGGUCUGAUAAAAUCCAUGGAAAAACUAUCCCUUUAGAUGGAGACUACUUCUGCUACACAAGACAUGAGCCAGUGGGAGUCUGUGGACAGAUAAUCCCAUGGAACUUCCCACUGUUGAUGCAAGCUUGGAAACUCGGGCCUGCCCUGGCUACUGGGAAUGUGGUUGUGAUGAAAGUGGCGGAGCAAACACCCCUGAGCGCUCUCUACAUCGCUAGCCUCGUCAAAGAGGCAGGAUUCCCACCCGGCGUGGUUAACAUCAUUCCUGGCUACGGGCCCACGGCAGGGGCUGCAAUCUCUUCCCACAUGGACGUUGACAAAGUGGCCUUCACUGGCUCCACGGAGGUCGGGCAUCUGAUCCAGAAGGCUGCAGCAGAGAGUAACCUAAAGAGGGUGACACUGGAGCUUGGAGGAAAGAGUCCAAAUAUCAUCCUGUCCGAUGCUGACAUGAGCUGGGCUGUGGAGCAGGCCCAUUUUGCCCUCUUCUUCAACCAAGGGCAGUGCUGCUGUGCUGGAUCCCGAACGUAUGUCCAGGAGGAUAUCUACCAGGAGUUCGUGGAGAGGAGUGUGGAGAGAGCCAAGGCCAGGGUGGUCGGCAACCCGUUUGACUUCAAAACUGAGCAGGGCCCUCAGGUAGAUGAGGAGCAGUUUAAGAAGAUCCUUGGCUACAUUAGCACUGGGAAGCGCGAAGGAGCCAAACUGCUGUGUGGUGGCAACCCGGCUGCAGACAGGGGCUACUUCAUCCAGCCGACUGUCUUUGGAGACGUGCAGGACAACAUGACGAUUGCCAGGGAGGAGAUAUUCGGGCCAGUCAUGCAGAUCCUGAAGUUCAAAACUGUGGAGGAAGUGAUUGAGAGAGCAAAUGACUCCAAGUACGGCCUAGCAGCAGCGGUCUUCACAAAGGAUCUCGACAAAGCCAACUACGUGUCGCAGGGUCUGCGCGCCGGCACCGUGUGGGUAAAUUGUUAUAAUGUGUUUGGUCCACAAACUCCGUUUGGUGGCUACAAGGCGUCUGGGAACGGGCGAGAGAUGGGAGAAUACGGUCUGGAUGCAUACCUGGAAGUGAAAAACGUGACAAUCAAAGUCCCACAGAAAAACUCCUAAGAGACAGUAGCUUCUCCGUGCAUUUGACCUAUGCAGCUUCAUGAGAUACAAUGCAAGGAACCCUGUUCUUAAAACAC